GUGAAACCAGCACUUAAGCAAAAGUUUUCUCAGCAACGCAAUUUACCUCUGCGGAAGCGUGCUGCUCGCAUCAAUCACAAUCGCAAGAGCACACGGAACAAAGGAAAGCAGGGGUUUUUAUUCCUAAUGCAAUCCCUACCUCUGGCAUGGGCUGGGGCCAGACCUCAAGAUCUAAACUGACCCCGUUGGCUAUUUGUGAAUACUUUCCCAAAUAAGGAAGGGGGAAGGGAGUCGUGAGUUACAAUGGUGGGACGUGUGGUUUGGAAGGGAGAAAUGGGUGCAGAGCAGGUAACCAAGGGAACAGAUGUGAGUGAUUGAUUAGAACUGACAGGGGGAAGGUUUUUUACAGUAACUAAGGGCAAGGAGGCAUGGAGAACAAGAAAGUUGAGUUCGAGAACAAAACACAAGAACGUUAACAUGCCAAACCUUGGAAGAGAAACUGACUGUAUCUGACAGUUUUACAUAUUUUAGGGAGACAGGAGACAUCAAUCAACAUAUGUAAGAUGAACACUGGUUUGAUCCGGUACAACCUGAAGCAAAAGUGGGUCAACUCGAAGCCAGGAGGGGGCUUCCAGGUCACAGAUUAGAAGAUAAUUCUGAAACAAAUGCCAGCCACUCUUUAAUUACAAAAAUGACGGAUGAGCUGUAUCACCAUGUGCCUGAGAAUCAUUGUGUUUUAAAGGACUUGGAUCAUCUUCCUACUGAGACACCCACCAGUGAUACGCAGCUAGCCCUGGCUCCCAGAAAGCUGCAGCCUUGCAGGUACAGGAGAGUGAGGUACAGGAUUGUGCUGGAAGUGCUGGUUGUGCUCCAAAGCAUCGGCAAGCAGUGUCACCACAUGUCUGGCCAGGUCACCAUUGCCUCAGAGCUGAGACACAGGCAGUGGGUGGAGAGGAUGCUGCGGUCUCGCCAGCGGCAGAACUACCUGCGUAUAUGGAGUAGGUGCGCGCUCACUUUCCUGUUUUGGAGGGGCACUGUGGGGCAGGAAGUUGUCACAGAUUCAGUUCCAGUCCCCACUGAAGACACACACAGUAGGCCCCUCACUAAACCCAUCGACAGGUGUUGAUAUACUUGGAGUUCACAACUGAGAGUAUGAACCCAACGUAUCUGAGACAGGUCUCAAUCCUUUUAGAAAGUUUACUUUCCCAGGGUUAAGGACGUGCUGUGACAGCCUCAGGAGAUCCUGACAGCAUGUGCCCCAGGUACUUGGGGCGCAGCUUGCUUUUAUACAUUUUUAUAAAUUUUAAGGAGACAUAAGACAUCAGUCAGUAGGUGUAAGGUGUACAUUGGUUCCAUCUGGAAAGGCAGGAAAACACAAAGGUGGGGGCCUUCCAGGUUAUAGGUGGACAAGAGACAAAGGAUUGCAUUGUUUUGAGUUUUUUAUAGGCCUUUCGGUGAAUACACAAUUGACUUGUGAGUGGGGGUAGAGGAAUAGUGACUUACACCUUAGUGUGGCUCAGUGAAGCUGUAUUUUACACAGGGCAGAGGAAGCAAUCAUAUAGAUAUUUGUCUCAGGUGAG